AUAUAUAUAUAGUACUUAAGGGUGGCUCAAAAUCAAAGCAUGCAGAUGAUGAGAGCUGUGGAGGUUCCAGAUUGAAGAAACAUCAUUGAGUGCAGCGUUGAUGAAUUGAAAUCCUUUCGAAAUUUCAUCAGCGCUGCACCCAAUUAUGUUUCUAUCCAAUUUUGGCAAAGUACUGGCUGGCUUCUCUCGUCUUCUUCUUUCUUUUAGGCCUUUUUCUUGUUGCGCAGCACAUUUCAAAGGGCCAGGAUCAGCAGCCUGCAGCCCUUUCAGAAGAACGCAAAAUCAAAACAACAAACCCGGUUCGCGUCAUUCAACCUCAACCAAAGUGAACCGGUGUCUGCGCUCUACAUCGUCAGAUUUCAGAUCCCAGAGGAAAAGUGAACCGGUUCGCGUCCUCAUAAACGGCACAGUCACUCCGGUGACUCUAUUCGCCGACGGAGUUCUCCGGUGGUCGGAGAGAGGUCAACGGAGCUUGAUCGUGGAUAAGGAGGUCCUCGGGUUCGCAGCGGAAGGUCCAAAGAUCAGUAACAGAGCCUUAGUGGAAGACGGAGAUGAAAUCUGCUGCGUCGCGAGCAGAGGAGAUGUGGUGAGGAAAGACUUGGUCUUCAAGCCUCUCUCUGAAAACCCGCACAGGUUCUGGUGCCAGAAGCUCCGCGAACACAUCGAUUCUUCUCUGGCUAUAACUGGCAUGCAGGAUUUGAAAAUUAUGCAUAUGAGUUUCAAGAUUGGGCCUAGUCUACGUCAAAACGGCUCCAAUGACGAGCAAAGCUUUUGCAGACCAUACACCUUGAGAGCUUCAACAAUUACACGCAUCAAGUUGAAUAUUCUCAAUAAACAACAUUUUGAGUGCAUUCAUCAUGCAUAGGACAUUCAAUUCA